GUGGCAGCACUGACAAUGGGUUUUCUUGGAGGAUUUUUGGGUCCCAUUUGUGAGAUCGAUGUUGUCCUUAAUGAUAGGGAAACCAGGAAAACGGCAGAAAUGAAAACUGAAGUUGGCAAAGUAGAAAAACGCUAUCUUUUCUAUGAUGGAGAAUCUGUUUCAGGAAAGGUAAACCUAGCCUUUCAGCAACCUGGAAAGAGGCUAGAGCACCAAGGAAUCAGAAUUGAAUUUGUAGGUCAAACUGAACUUUUCAAUGACAAGAGUAAUACUCACAAAUUUGUAAACCUAGUGAAAGAACUAGCCUUACCUGGAGAACUGACUCAGAGCAGAAGUUAUGAUUUUGCAUUUAUGCAAGUUGAAAAGCCAUGCGAAUCUUAUAUCGGUGCCAAUGUCUGCUUAAGGUAUUUCCUUAAAGUGACAAUAGUAAGAAGACUGACAGACUUGGUAAAAGAAUAUGACCUUAUUGUUCACCAGCUUGCUACCUAUCCUGACGUCAACAACUCUAUUAAGAUGGAAGUGGGCACUGAAGAUUGUCUACACAUAGAAUUUGAAUAUAAUAAAUCAAAGCAUCAUUUAAAGGAUGUGACUGUGGGAAAAAUUUACUUCUUAUUAGUAAGAAUAAAAAUCCAACAUAUGGAGUUACAACUGAUUAAAAAAGAGAUCACGGGAAUUGGACCCAGUGCCACAACAGAAACAGAAACAAUCGCUAAAUAUGAAAUAAUGGAUGGUACACCAGUAAAAGGUGAAUCAACUCCAGUAAGACUGUUUUUAGCAGGAUACGACCCAACUCCAACAAUGAGAGAUGUGAACAAAAAAUCUUCCGUAAGGUACUUUUUAAUUCUAGCCCUUGUUGAUGAGGAAGACAGGACAUACUUCAAGCAGCAGGAUAUCAUUUUGUGGAGAAAAGCUCCUGAAAAACUGAGGAAACAGAGAGCAAACUCUCACCAGAGAUUUGGAUCGCCAGAAUCACAGGCAUCUACUGAGCAGCCUGAAAUGUGA